AUGUCUUUUUUCUACGUCUCUCUUGUGUUAUCCUUGAUCGGAGCAUCCCUAUCGUCGCCACUGAAACAUCUUCAUAAACGUGACGUGCCGGCUUUCGUCCGCCAAUACGCGCCAGUUGCAUACCUUGACUCCACAGAGAUCUACUUACCCAGCUCCAUCGCCGGUCACCUAACGCACACACAUCCUGAAGAUGGCUCAGGAAACAACAUCGCUAACGCCCCCUCACCUUUGACCCUCGACAAUCUCAACAGUCUCGACAAUUUCGCCUCUUCGGGUACGCAGGUUUACCUCACAUCAGACGAAGGAAUCGAAGCUCUACCGUCUUGGUUUCGAGGCGUAGAGCCCGACUCAUCUGGCUCGACAGGCUCCACGAUUGCCAGCCUGAUCGUCACCGUUUCCAAGCCGAACAACAUCCUCGACGCAUUCUACUUCUACUUCUAUGCCUACAACCAAGGAAACUGGGUCCUGGGCCUUCCCGUUCUUGAAUUCGGUGAUCACGUCGGCGAUUGGGAGCAUACAAUGGUUCGCUUUGUCAACGGCGCCCCUACGGCCAUGUGGUUCAGCCAGCACAGUUCCGGGGAGGCAUUCAGCUAUUCCGCCCUGCAGAAGUAUAACAAUGGCGAGCGACCCAUCGUCUACGUCGCGAAUGGCACCCACGCGAACUACGCCAUCCCCGGAGUCCACGACCACACAAUCCCCAACUUCAACACUCUGGCCGGACCACUGGAGGACCACACCGACGCCGGCCUGCUCUGGGACCCCCUGGUGAACGCGUACGUCUACAGCUUCGACAACUCGACUGGCGUCUUCACCGCGUACAACGGCCAGGACCCAACCGCCUGGUUGGACUUCGCGGGCCGCUGGGGCGACAAUCAAUUGUCCGACAGCACGCCCGGUCAGAUCGACGUGUUUGGCGAGCGCAAAUAUGUUGCCGGACCGACGGGACCCAAGGACAAAGAUCUCGGCAGGGCAAAUGUCUGUCCGACUGGAAAGAGCUGUUCUAUCUCGAGUAUCUUGUUACCCUGA